UUAAUCGUGUUCGGUUCAAGAGUGUUUAAGUUCUUCAAAAUUUGGUAAAAUGCCUCGAAAAUGUUUUGUGGAUAACUGUGAUCGGAGUCAAUCGAGCGGAAAAUUUACCUUCCACGCAGUUCCCGGGAAAACCGUGGAUAACCAUACGAACAAUUUGAGCCUCAAACGACGAAAACUGUGGCUUGAUGCUUUGAAGAAAAAAGACGAUUUCAAAGUUAAAAAAAUUGUUUGUGGCAGGCACUUCGUCGGUGGAAAACCUUCUGCACUUUUGGACGUGGAUAAUGUAGACUGGGUUCCGACGAUCGAUUUAGAAUUGACGCGCAAGGAUGAACUUCCCGAUGAUGAUUCUUCCGACAGCUUGGACGAGCCUGUUCGCGCCUCCAACGGUUCGACUGCCAGGCUGCAACCGGAUGGUUCUGUUGCACGAACAACCGGUCACCGGCCUUCAACAAACGGAGCGGUUAAUUCAACUCACGACCGUUCACGGUCCAUAAGCGAACACUCCGACAUGUCCUCCAAGGCUGGUUCCGAAGACAUGGAGUGCGGAGCCGAUAAUUCGACCCACGGCCGGUCGCGGUCCAACAGCGAACACUCCGACAUGUCCUCCAAGGCUGGUUCCGAAGACAUGGAUACUGGAACCGAUCAUUCGUCCCACAGCCGUUCACGGUCGAUCAGCGAACGCUCCGACAUGUCUACAAGGGCCGGAUCCGGAAACAUGGAGUGCGGAGCCGAUAAUUCGACCCACGGCCGGUCGCGGUCCAACAGCGAACACUCCGACAUGUCCUCCAAGGCUGGUUCCGAAGACAUGGAUACUGGAACCGAUCAUUCGUCCCACAGCCGUUCACGGUCGAUCAGCGAACGCUCCGACAUGUCUACAAGGGCCGGAUCCGGAAACAUGGAGUGCGGAGCCGAUAAUUCGACCCACGGCCGGUCGCGGUCCAACAGCGAACACUCCGACAUGUCCUCCAAGGCUGGUUCCGAAGACAUGGAUACUGGAACCGAUCAUUCGUCCCACAGCCGUUCACGGUCGAUCAGCGAACGCUCCGACAUGUCUUCAAGGGCCGGAUCAGGAAACAUGGAGUACGGAGCCGAUAAUUCAACCCACGGCCGGUCGCGGUCCAACAGCGAACACUCCGACAUGUCCUCCAAGGCCGGUUCCGAAGACAUGGAUACUGCAACCGAUCAUUCGUCCCACAGCCGUUCACGGUCGAUCAGCGAACGCUCUGACUUUUCCUCCAGGGCCGGUUCUGAUCACAAUUAUUCCUCUAGCGAUGAUAUGGAUUCUGAUGACAUCAGGGCUGAUUUGAAUAUGGAUCGUUCUGAUUUGCCAGAAAAUUUCACCUCGUUACCUACAGACCAGCAACAGUCAAACCCAUCUAUAUUGGCAUCCAAACAUCAAGAAGAUGAGGCUGUUGCAUCAUCUUCGCGUAAGGGAAAUUGCAACGUACAGGAGGGAGGUUUGCUACUUAAUGUUUUGCUAUUUAUUUAUUUUUGCACAGAUUUUAAUUUUAAUUUUAGGUGUCUGCUAUCCCGCAAAAACUUUCCAGCAGUACUAUGAUGAAAUUAUUCGCUUGCAAACAAAAAACGAUGAGUUGGAGGCUGAGGUCCAAAAGUGUAGAAGAGGUCUGAAAUUUGUCGAAGACGACCGAAAAUGUUUAUUCUAUACCGGGAUCAGCAGUUAUGAAACCUUUUUUAAACUAUUUAAAUUUUUAGAACCUAGUCUAGAUCAGCCUGUCUGUAAUUUGUCAAAAGACCAGCUACUUGUUUUAACCCUAACGAGAUUACGAUUGAACACAUCGCUCUCAUCAUUGGCCUAUGACUACAACUCUAGCUUAACAACAAUUUCAAAAUAUUUCCACAGAACCCUCUAUCAAAUCCACGAAAGCCUCAAGUGGGCAAAUCUUCCCACAAAACCUGAAAUUGCUAUUCGACAUUUGCCACAAAAUUUUCAGUCCAAGUUUGGAAACAAACGAAUAUUUAUUGUUGACUGCUUUGAAAUUUUUUGCCAGAAUCCCUCUGAUUUAAAAGCGGCAACUUCUCUUUAUAGCAAUUAUAAAAAACACGAGACGGUUAAAUAUAUGAUUGCGAUCCAUCCAGAUGGUAACAUUGCUUUCAUUAGCUCAGGUUACAACGGUAGGAUUUCAGAUAAGGAAAUUUUCAAAAAAAGCGGUAUUUUAGAUCAUAUUGUAGAAGACGAUAUUAUUUUAGCUGAUAAGGGUUUUG